AUGAGUCUUUUACCUGGGUUAUUGUUAUUUUCUGUUGCUAUUGCAGGAACAACUGCUGCGCCGAGCAGAGGUUAUGGCGAUGAUAUUAAAUGGGUUACCCUCGACGAAGCAUUCAGGCAAGCCAUAGACGAGCAAAAACCAAUUUUCUAUCUUAUCCAUGACAGCAGCUGUAGCGCAUGCAUAAAGUUGAAGCAAAAACUCAGUGAAGCACCUGAACGAGAAGAUAUUGUUAAUUUGUCGCGAGAAUUCGUAAUGGUCAACAUGGAAAACAGCGAAGUAUUAAAAGAUGAUUUACCAGAGUAUAGGCCAGACGGACGAUACACUCCUCGAAUUCUCUUUUUAUAUCCUGAUGGCACAUUAAUGACGGACGUGACAAAUAGGAAGCGUUCUAAGUAUUAUUCGUAUUAUUACGACUACCCCGAAGAUAUAUUGGAAGGAAUGCAGAAGGCACUAUCGAUGAUGGGAUGA